AUGCCACGUACUCCCAAAGCCCGGCCUACUCGCCUCACAGCGCCGACAUCCUUUGUUAAUGAAAAUAGCGACGACGACGACAGCUUUGGUUUCACUGGAGCCUCUCGCAGUAGAAGACAGGACGACGAUGACAUUGAAAACUCGGAUGACGAUGCCAAAUCAAUGGCUAAGUUUCUACAGGCAUACAAGAAACAGCAGGCAAAGAAAAAUUCUGCUCGGUCGGUCGCUUUCGAUGGGCAAAAGAAGGCACUGUAUGCAUUGGCGCGCAAGACGGCUGAGGAGACAUCAAGAGACGGCGUCGCUUACCUGGAAGAACUGAAGGCUCAGGUCACUGUAAUGAAACAGCAAGAGAUAUCUUACGAGAAGUAUACCAAAGGUCUUGACCAAUUUGGAGAAGAUAGCAAUGAAGCCCUUGUUAAGCUACUGGAAAUAUGUCCCCCGGUUAAGGACGAUUUGUUCGUUCGUCGUCGCCAAGCCCUCGAAGCCGCUGGCGAAAUGCUGAAAUCUAACCCUUCAAGAAAGGAACAAGCUCUACAACAAUUCCUAAGAAAUGCUCACGGACAAGUGAAAAAAAGUCGGCAAAAUGAAGAACUCGCGACUGACGCUUCAAAGCUUAUCAAACACUACAAGGAUCUCCUUCGUGGCUGAGACUUUCUAUCCGCUGAUGCUUCCGACGUAUGCUUACUGUUGCUCUGCUGUUUUCUGCGUUUUCUGGAUUGCAACACUCUGUAUUAUACACUCCAGAUCCUCUAGAAUGCUUGAUAAUGUAUCUUGAUCCAUUCACGAUAUCUA